CCGCAGGGAAUCUGUGAGUCUAUGAAAUGCAGUUAACACACCAGCUGGGCCUAUUUCCCGAAUGCAGGGUGACUCUUCUGUUAUCUAAAGAUGUCAAAAAUACUGAAGACCCGAGAAAAAAGGCCAUGGAAGGUGCUAUUGACGGUGCAUUAAUAAACCCUAAGGUGACUGCCAAUCCAUUUCAGAUAUUUGUGGCAGCAAACAAAGCAGUUCAUCUCUACAGACUGGGAAAAAUGAAGACAAAAACGCUAUCAACUGAAAUUAUUUUCAAUCUUUCCCCAAAUAACAAUAUUUCAGAAGCUUUGAAAAAAUUUGGUAUCUCAGCAAAUGACAUUUCAAUUCUAAUUGUUUACACUGAAGAGGAAGAAAAACAAAUAAAUCAAGAAGACCUAAUAUCUCAGGUAGAAGGUCAUCAAGUUUCUCUGAAAAAUCUUCCUGAUAUAACAAAUAUUAUAGAAGUCAAAAAGACACAUAAACUAUCUUCACAAGAACAAAGUAUUGGAACAUUACUGGAUGGUAUUAUUUGUAGAAUGUCAACAAAAGAUGUUUUGUAA